GAAGCCUGACAAUGCCACCAGAGGUGAAUAAAAGAUUCAAACACCCAUUGGCAUCUGGAGCAUUUGAGAUCAAUUCUCAUCCCUCUUUCUGCGAGCCACACUGCAGAGGGGGUCGAGACCAUAUAAACAAGCCAUAUUAGGGAGGCAUGUCUUUGAUUUGGAAUUAAUGCAAGAUGCUCCUAGCAGGAGGUUAAUUAUGAGUCUAGAUUUAACUCACUUGUUUACAGAAGUUGCAAGAUGCUACCAGCAGGAGGUUGGGGCGUCUGAUUUGCAGGAUCUGACGGCGCGUUUUUUGGACGACAUGGUUCCUAUCGAACAAUUACAAAGUGGUGCGGCUGAAUGGUUGGAGACUAUAGAAGAAGGCGGCUGCCGUUUGCAGGAGGUUGUGGCUAUUUUGUGUUCGAGCCAUGGUGAUCAGUCAGGGGCUGUAGGGGGGACAAUCACACUAGCGCCAUGGCUGAAGGACAUGAUGCAGAGCAUGCUUGAAGUCAUUUGGGAGUUGGAGGAGGGGCCGACUCCUUCGAUUGAGGAGUUUGUUGAUUGGCAUCAAGCUGGCUUGCUCAUGCACAGAUGCUACGACAUCUUUAGGAACGGCCGGAAUCGCUGCGCAGCUUUGGAGGCGGGAUUGUCGCCUGCGACAACAAAUGAAGACAGCAGAGGCGACAACCGCUUCAGCACCAACAUCGACUACAACGACAGUAACGACAACGACAAUAACAACGAUAAUAACAUCAACAACAACAACAACAAGCUCACGAUUAUCAACUCCAGCUCUCUUAGUGUCUUGAACGGCAACGGAGGAGAUGACAUCAUUAGCAGAGGGAUCGACGUUGGAGGUGGUGAGAGCAUCAAUAAAAACGGCGACAACAACGAUAACAGUGACUUCAACAGUAUUAUCAACAACAGCGACAACAAUAGCAAACAGCUCAAGAAUAUUAACUACGGCGUUGUUGGCGACAAUACCACCGACGGGAUUAACGACAACAAUAAGUAUGGUUAUGGCAAUGAGGCCAAGGAUGACAAGGACGAUUCGGAGAUCGAUCACGGGUUCUGCUGGUUGGCAGCGGAUGGGCGUGGGUUAGUUGGCGAAGAGUGGAGUUGACCAGUCUGCAACUCCAAUUACGCAGGGGUGGUGGCCUCUCUCACGGUAGGGGGACUGUUUAGGGUUUUAUUUGAUACCCUUGUCUUGUGUUAGAUAAUUACUAUGCAGUGUUUGAUGAUUGUUUCCCUAGGAUGGUUGUUGAGGACGCUUGUCAUUACGGUUAGGGUUGGGGUUGUCGGGAAACGAUUGUGGUUUCUGACUCUGUUGUGAUUUCGUCCCCCCUCAUUUGCUGGUGAUCACUCUACCUAUCGGCGGAUGGGUGGAGCACGGUAGGGUAAGGAAGGCACGGUUUAGGAGCAGUUAAUCCCCUUUCACAAGGGCAAUCAAUAUUGCUCAUUAUCAUAAACUUGUUUACGCACAUACACUACAAGUCGUCACAAUUUUUUGCUCGAAUAAUCAAAUGAAUACCAUGUC